UAAACCCUGCGUUUUAGUCGGGAGAGGCAUAAACCUCGCAGCACCAGGGAGAACUCCGCCAACGCAGCCAUGGUUAAAGCCUACCUGCGAUAUGAGCCGGCGGCGUCUUUUGGGGUCGUUGUGUCUGUUGAAUCUAAUAUUUCUUAUGACAGUUCCGGCAAGCACCUCCUGGCUCCGGCCCUCGAAAAAGUCGGCGUUUGGCAUGUGCGGCAGGGCAUCUGCACUAAAGAACUAACCCCCUCUCCUGCUUCACGUGGUCCUUCUGUUGCUGUCACCUCAAUCGCUUCUUCCACCACUUCUCUGAUAGCUAGUGGUUAUGCAGAUGGGAGCAUAAGAAUUUGGAAUCCUGACACGGGAACAUGUGAGACAACCUUAAAUGGACAUAAGGGGGCUGUCACUGCUCUUCGUUACAAUAAGGCUGGAUCCAUGCUCGCUUCCGGCAGCAAGGAUAAUGAUGUUAUUUUAUGGGACGUGAUUGGUGAGACAGGGCUCUUUCGCCUACGUGGUCAUCGGGAUCAGGUAACUGAUGUUGUUUUUUUGAGUUCUGGGAAAAAACUUGUUAGCUCCUCCAAAGACAAGUUCUUGAGAGUGUGGGAUCUUGAUACCCAGCACUGUAUGCAAAUCGUUAGUGGUCAUCAUAGUGAAAUAUGGUCCAUAGACAUUGAUCCAAUUGAAAGGUACUUGGUCACUGGUUCUGCAGAUAAGGAACUUCGAUUUUACACGCUUAAGCAUGACUCAAUGAAUGAUCAGUCUAUAAAUGGAGGCAAUACUGUUGGCAAUGGAGUUUCUUCAAUUCAAAACAAAUGGGAAGUUUUAAGCUAUUUUGGUGAAAUUCAGCGGCAAAACAAGGAUAGAGUCGCAACUGUGCAAUUCAACAAGUCAGGGAAUUUGCUAGCUUGUCAAGUUGCUGGAAAGACAGUAGAAAUAUACCGUGUGUUAGAUGAUUCUGAAGCAAAUAGGAAAGCAAAACGUAGACUUCACCGAAAAAAGGAGAAGAAACAUGGCAAAAAGUCACUGCAGGUUGCAGAAGUUGAGGAUAGGCAAAAUGAGAAUGCAGCAGGAGAUAAUCCUGUUACAACUGAUCAACCUAAUGAAACAAUUAACUCUACUGUCAACAUACAAGAUGUUUUUAAGCUGCUUCAUACCAUAAGAGCUAGCAAAAAGAUAUGCUCCAUUUCUUUCUGUCCAAUUACUCCUAAGAAUUCUCUGGCAACUUUGGCUCUGUCUUUGAAUAAUAAUCUACUGGAGUUCUACUCUAUUGAAAAUGGUGCUUCCCCAAAAACACUAGCUAUUGAGCUUCAAGGGCACCGUUCAGACGUUAGAAGUUUGACGCUUAGCUCUGACAACACUCUGUUGAUGUCAACCAGUCAUAAUGCUGUAAAAAUUUGGAACCCCAGCACUGGUUCUUGCUUACGAACCAUUGAUUCUGGUUAUGGACUAUGUGGUAUAAUUCUUCCCCAUAGCAACUAUGGACUUGUUGGGACUAAAAGCGGAAGCCUAGAAAUUAUUGACAUAGGAAGUGGCACUUGUCUUGAAGUGGUGGAAGCUCAUGGUGGCUCUGUGCGCUCAAUUGCUGUCUUACCAGAUGAGAAUGGCUUUGUCACAGGAAGUGCAGACCAUGAUGUGAAGUUCUGGGAGUAUCAAUUAAAGCAAAAGGCUGGUCAAGCUAGAAAGCAACUUAGUGUGUCAAAUGUGAGGACUUUGAAAAUGAAUGAUGAUGUUCUUGUGGUUGCGAUAAGCCCUGAUGCUAAAUAUAUUGCUAUUGCCCUGUUAGAUUAUACUGUAAAGAUUCACUUUGUUGACACAUUCAAAUUCUUUCUUUCCUUAUAUGGCCACAAGCUGUCUGUUCUAUGUAUGGAUAUCUCAUCAGAUGGAGAACUGAUCGUGACUGGCUCUGCAGAUAAAAAUAUAAAGAUUUGGGGUUUAGAUUUUGGUGACUGUCAUAAAUCCAUUUUUGCACAUGCUGACAGUGUUACAGCAGUGAAAUUUGUUCCCAAGACACACUACGUGUUUAGUGUGGGGAAAGACCGCUUGUUAAAGUACUGGGAUGCUGAUAAAUUUGAGCUACUGUUAAUUCUUGAGGGACAUCAUGCAGAUAUUUGGUGUCUUGCUGCUAGUAAUCGUGGUGAUUUUGUUGUCACUGGAUCUCAUGAUCGUUCUAUCCGCCGCUGGGAUCGCACUGAGGAGCAGUUUUUCAUUGAGGAAGAAAAGGAAAAAAGGUUGGAGGAGAUGUUUGAGGCUGAUAUAGACAAUGCAUUUGAAAACAAGUAUGUGCCCAAGGAAGAAAUUCCAGAGGAGGGAGCUGUGGCUGUGGCUGGGAAGAAAACCCAGGAAACCCUUUCUGCAACUGACUUAAUUAUUGAGAGACUAGACAUAGCUGAUGCUGAACAAAAGCGUAUUGCAGAGCAUCAGGCGGAGAAAAAUAGCGGUGAAGUUGCUGUAUUUCAAGCAAAUCCUCUUAUGAAUGGGCUUUCACCUUCUGAUUAUGUUCUAAGUGCAUUUUCAGAUGUUCACUCCAAUGAUCUAGAGCAAACGUUGAUGGCUUUACCAUUUUCAGAUGCCUUGAACCUUCUAUCAUAUUUGAAGGACUGGAUAUCAUAUUCUGAUAAGGUUGAGCUUGUUUGCAGGAUUAGCACUCUGUUGUUGCAGAUACAUUAUAAUCAGCUGGUUACUACACCAGCUGCUAGACAUGUGUUGACUGUUCUCAGUGACAUUCUUUAUAAAAGAGUCAAGGGAUGUAAAGAUACCUUUGGUUUUAACCUUGCAGCCAUGGAUCAUCUCCAGCAAAUGAUGGCUUCAAGAUCAGAUGUCAUCUUUCGUGAUGCAAAAUCAAAACUACUAGAAAUACGUGCUCAACAAUCAAAACGUGAGAAAAGGUAUGAUACUGGAGAAGUGAGGCGCAAGAAAAAGAAGACGACAUAAAAGUAUUCGUUCGUUUGGACUUAUUGAAGCUGUUGAUGAUGAUAAUCGUUGGAAUAUUAUGAUCGCGCUAUGGAGAAAGUGACCUCUUAAGCUAAGCUACACGUCUAACUGAUGAGGCAUCAAUGACGGUUCAGAGCCAAAUUGUCUUAACAUAUACCCUGGACGAGAAGAUUGUCUUGCAUGGCUCGUGAAUUUCUUGGUUAUUUGCAGAAGGUGGUCGGACGUUUUGUUACCAUUACCAGCUGAUGGAUUUUUGUAAUCUCGGUCCAUCAUGUUGACAAGCUGACAUAGGAGUAGAGAAAGGUAUUGGGUUGGGUGGCCCACAGAAAAAAGUUGUGUUACAGUAGAAUUUUAUUGUCUCUAAACAAUAAAUUAUCUGGAAUUUGAAUUUGAAAUUUAUUGUACUCUGAACUUAAUUAUCAUUAAGAUUUUGGCUC